AUGGGGCGCACGACCCGCCCAUCCUUGGCGACGACCAGUACAUCUACCCCUCCCACCUCCUAUUCCAAGGGCUCCCUCUCUUCCGCCCGAUCCUCCCUUAUCAACGUCCUCUCCCGUCCGCGUCUUCCCCUCACCUCCCUCUCCACAGCGACAGCAUUGGCGCAGAGCGAUGGCCAGUUGACGCCCGAGGAUGAUUACUCCACGGCGUCAUCAUAUGCCAGUUCGGUCUCGUCUUCGGGUGGCAGCUUCAGCGGAAACUCCAAGGAGGACAAUGCAGAGGAGAUUGCCAAGGCGUACAGGAACUACCUGGAGAAGCCGUUUGUCAACACCAAGAGUGGAAUCAAGCAUUCCGAGUUUGGGCACUGUAACAACCCCAAUUGGCGCUGGACCAGUCAAUGGAACACGGACGAACCCAUCCAUCCGGAAGAAGAUCUUGCACCUCCCCUCUACAUCCUCGUCUCGACCUACUUCUCCUACCUCAUCUUCAUUAUCCUCGGCCACAUGCGCGACUUUUUCGGCAAACACUUUGCCGUCUCACGCUAUGCCCACCUCCUGCCUACCAAAGACUACGCCGCCCUCUACUCAGAUUUCGACUCGUUCUACGUCCGUCGGCUCAAGAAGCGGAUUGACGACUGCUUCUCUCGUCCCGUUACUCAGGUCCCCGGUCGUACCAUCAACCUGCUCGAUCGAGAGUCGUCCGACCAGAAUGAGCACUUUGAGCUCACCGGAACGCAAACUCGCGCACUGAACGUCUCGUCCUACAACUAUCUCGGAUUCGCUUCUUCCACCGGCGGUUGUGCUGACGCCGUGGAAAGCUCUAUCCGGCGGUACGGUGUCGCGUCGGGCGGUCCCCGGCACGACGCCAACACGCUCGACCUGCAUCAGCAGUGCGAGAAGCUCGUCGCUAAAUUCUGUGGCGCCGAGUCGUCCAUGGUCUUUUCGAUGGGGUUCGCUACCAACUCUACCAAUAUCCCCGCACUCGUCGGCAAGGGCUGUCUUGUCAUUUCCGAUGAGCUCAACCACGCGUCCAUCCGGUUCGGUGUACGGCUUUCCGGCGCGUCGGUCCGCAUGUUCAAGCACAACGACAUGGGCGCGCUGGAACAGUUGUUGCGGGAGGUGAUCAGUCAGGGUCAGCCGCGGACACACCGUCCGUGGAAGAAGAUCCUGGUGAUUGUGGAAGGGCUUUACAGUAUGGAGGGGAGUUUGUUGAACCUUCCGGUCUUGAUUGACUUGAAGCGGCGAUACAAGUUCUACGUCUACGUCGAUGAGGCCCACUCUAUCGGUGCGAUCGGACCCAACGGACGCGGCGUCUGCGAUUACUUUGGCAUUGACCCGCGCGAAAUCGACGUCCUCAUGGGUACCUUCACCAAGUCUUUCGGAGCGGCCGGCGGAUACGUCGCGGGAACCAAAGAAUUGAUCGACCGUCUCCGCGUUCGGUCCCACGCCUACACCUACGCCGACGCCGUCUCCCCCGCCAUCCUCACCCAGGUCAUCUCAUCCAUGGGCUCCAUCAUGGGUGUCGCUCCUCCGCUUGCACCUGUCAAGGAGGAUGACGACGCCAUGUCGGUCAUGUCUCGCCCCAUCUCUUACGGUCCCGCACUCGCCAGCCAACUCCCUCCAUGGCUCAACCUCCCCGCAACACUCUUGAACGGCACAGAAGGGCGGGAGAGAUUACGCCGUCUCGCUUUCAACUCGCGAUACCUUUCAUCGGGACUGAGGAAACUCGGCUUCCUGAUGUACGGUCAUCGCGAUUCUCCCAUCAUCCCUUUGCUCAUCUUCAACCCGGGCAAGAUGCCGUAUUUCAGUCAGAUGAUGUUGAAGCGGAUCGGGCCGGAUCUGACCCCUAUCGUCGUCGUUGUUGUGGCCUACCCCGCAACACCGCUCAUCACCUCCCGCGUUCGGUUCUGCCUCUCGGCAUCGCAUACCAAAAACGAUAUCGAUCUCAUCCUGCGCGCAGCAGACGAGGUCGGAGAUGUGCUGGAUUUGAAGUUGGGCGAGCAGACCAUGUCGGUCGAGGAGGUCAUUGCGAGCGCAGAGGAACUGGUGGCGGCGGCUUUCUGA